UGCUAGGUCCCUGGAGAGCCAGGGGGGCUGCUGUGCCCUCUUGCUGCCUUUCCUCCGAGAUGGAAUAGUCUUAGUUUGUGCAUUGAGGAUUGCUCCCUUGAGGAGCAACCACUCUUCCUGAACUCCCCUCUCCCUGUGGUCACAGUCCCUUAGGGCCUCACUGACAAGCAUCCUGAGCUUGUCAAAGUCGGCUUUCCUGAAGUCAAGGACUUGCGUGUUGCUGACUGACUUGCCAGCUUUUCGGCGGAUGGUGAAGGUGCUCAGCUCGUGGUUGCUGUCAUCCAGCUUCCCAUCGAUCACUAGGUCGCCAACUAGGUCAUCCCCAGUAGCCAGUACCAGGUCAAGCAGCGCUUUGCCUCUCGUUGGCCCAUAGACUUCUUGAGUCAGGUAGAGGUCAUCCACGCACGAGAGGAAGCUUUGAGACCGCUCAGAUUUUGCUGAGCGAUCCUCCCACGAGAUGUCCGGGCAAUUGAAGUCACCCAUGACAACCAUGGUCCUGGAGCAUGCGGCCUCAGCCAGUUCCCGGGCAAACUCCUGGUCAAGCUCAGGACUUUGGGUGGGAGGUCUGUAGUAGACUCCUACCGUUGUGUCCCCUGUGCCGUGUUCCCCACGGAUUUUAACCCAGAGGGUCUCCAGCCAUCCACGCUGGUCACCAAUAUCGGCUUGCAGGGACGUGUAGCUUUCCUUAACAUAGAGAGCUACACCCCCGCCCCUUUUCUCUACACAAUCCCUCCUGUACAGGGUAUAGCCGUCUACACCUGUGGUCCAGUCAUGGGUGGAGUCCCACCAGGUCUCCGUUAUCCCUAUGACAUCAUAAUUAUUUGCAUUAUUGAUGAGCUCCUCCUGCUUAUUCCCUGAGCUCCUGGCAUUUGUGUACAGGCAAGCAAGUGCCCCCUGGGGGGCUCCUUCCUUGCCCACAGAUUUUACUAGGGCUGGGGCAGGGGUGGGCUCCCUUAAGUGCCUUGAACUGCUGGCUUUGCAAGGAUUGCUCAGCGGGCCAGCAGUGGCAGUAGUGCCCCUGUCCCCCAGCGGGCUUAGUUUAAAGCCCGGUGGAGCAGGUCAUCCAGUCUGGCUGAGAAGAGCCUCCUCCCUAGGGGAGAGAGGUGGAGGCCAUCUCUUCCCAGCAGCUUGCUGCCUCUCUCGCCAAAGUGCGGGCUGUGGUCAUGAAAGCCAAAGCCUUCCUGACGACACCAGCGCCGCAGUCUUUGGUUGACCACGUGGAUCCUCCUCUCCCUCCUCGGCCCAUAGCCUGAGACUGGGAGGAUCGACGAGAACACCACCUGUGCGCCCAGACCCUUUAGACCCAAAUCCCUGUAGCGCCUCUUGACCCGGCUGGGAGCACUCCGAGCCGUGUCAUUGGUGGCCACAUGAAUUAAGAGUAUGGGAUAGUGGUUUGUGGGUUUGAGGAGCUCUGGGAUCCUCUCCGCAAUGUCCCGGAUGCGGGCCCCCAGGAAGCAGCAGACUUCCCAGGCUAAGGGGUCAGGGCGGCAGAUUGCCCCCUCCGUCCCCCUCAGAAGGGAGUCUCCCACAACAAACACCUUACGUUUUGUCUUGGGGAGAGCAGGGGCGGGAGCUGCAGUUGGGCCCAUGUUGCCUGUGGGAGCCGGCAACUCAGCAGGCUCUGCUGGAGCAGCAGGAGGUGCAUACCUGUUGCUCAGCUCCGGCGGGGCAGGGGCCUUGGUGCGGUGGGCCUUAGGGCCUUUGACCACCGUGGUCCAUGCCCCUGGCUGGACAGAGCGGGAGGUCCCGGAGUCCUCCUUUGGCCUGGAGGGAGACUGUGGUCUACCCUCCGCCUCCCGGGGGAGAAGGGCCUGGCAGUAGGAGUCUGUCUCCUGCUCGCAGUCCCUGAUGGCAUGCAGUCUCUGGACUGUGGCCUGGAGCUCCUCCAGCUGGCGUGCCAGAGACCCCAAAUGGGAGCAGACCCCACAAGGGGAGGUCACCAUGCUCCCAGGCCUCAGAGCCUGGAAAAGGGACAGGCAGCCCCCGCAGCCGAGAGCCACGUUCUGAAAGUAUAGGAUUGAUCACAGGUAAGUCACUUAACAUCUGUAACUAUCAGUUUCAUUUGUGUGUAAAACGGGGAUACCUUCAAUUCAAAGGUGAAGCUAAAUCAAUGUUUGAGACUUUAACUAAAGGCAAAACAAAAAAUGGAAAAUAUUAAUAAAAAAGUGGAAAUACAUAUUACCAAUAAAGGGUACAUUUGUAGCAUUGUGCCAAUCUAACAAUUGCCUUUCAUUUAAGAUGGAUAUGAGUAAGCAACUGAACUCAUAGAGAAGUAGGUAACUGAAAUAAUUUCUCAGACAACAUAGGCUUAUAUAUCACUUAAAAGUAAAUGCGUCAUUGGCAAGACUUUGAACUUGCCUGGGUAGAGGAAAAGUUUGGAAGUGAAAGAUGAGAAACAUGAAGAAAGGAAUGGAGAAAAGAAAGCUUUGGUAUAGCCUGGAUAAACGAGUAUAACCGAGGUCAAGCUUUGAGUGAGUGUUCUGGCAGGAGAAGAUGCUGAUUGAAUGAACCUUUGUCUUGUGGUUCGAGUUCUCCUGUGCAUGGUCUUAUUCUUUUACAUAAUUAAAUGCAUCUAGUUCCCCUGUUCUUCCUAGGUCUGUAACUACGUCUGAUAAAUUCUCUUUGCUCCACAAGUCUGCUGCCCGCUUCCCUUUUAAGGAUCACCUUUGAGGUUGCCAUAAAGAGGGAGAGCAGCUGUUUUCCCUCACUGUGUAGAGCUGAAUGAGAAGCAAUGGCUUCAAAUUGCAACACAGUAGAUUGAGAUCAGGUAUCAGGAAGAACUUCAUUACUGUUAGACUAGUGAAACAGUAGAAUAUGCUGCUCCAGGGAAGCUGUGGAAUUGUCUUCUUGAAAAUCUCCAAAGAUGAUGUUGGGGAAGAAGCAUUAGAUAGAUGAGGAGUAAUGUUCCUACAUUCAGGCAAGGGGUUGGACCAGAUGACUCUUGGGUCCCUUGCAACCCUAUGAUUUUAUGGUUUACAUCACUGGGUUAAAUAAAUGUAAAUGGUAUUUAGCUUUGGUAGCAUCUGGUGCCUUCCCAGACUUGAACAAGGGUUUUUUGUUCAAAAAUUCAUUUAAUCUCUCUUCCCAACUGUAGAGUUGGUCCUAUAAAAGGUACGUACGCCAAACAAAUCUUUGGAACAUUAUAGCUACAACAAUACUACAGUGCUGCUUCAGGAAAACAGGAGGUGGUAUUGUUGUUGUAAAUGAAUAAAAUUGCUUCAAAUAAUUUCUUUCCAUCAUUUUUUUCCCUAGCUGGAGCUACCUACAAAACCCCAAAUAUUGGCAAGUUACUUGUUCUACAGGAGUAACACUGGCUUAAAGCAACAGGUGGAGGUUCCCUAAGAAAGGCUGAGAAAGAGCUUGCAGACAAAAGUGAAAUCACUUAUGGAGAAAUAAACAUCUCAAUAGAUUGAGAAGCCUUGUAGUAACACUCCUAGUCCAGACUGGUGAGAGACCAGCUAGAUCCACUGCAGACAUGUUGGAAGCCCUUUGUGAAUUAAUUUUGGUUUUUUUCUGCUAUCAAGUUGAUUCAGUAGAACUUCAAAGAGAGGGACAUUAUGUUGCUGCUGUGUAUGAACAUGAAUCCAUACUGAGUCCUAAUCCAACAGCCCUCACUGAUCGACAGUCUGCAUUAGAACUAAUGAGAAGAAAUCUAGACAUCUAUGAAGAACAAGUAAUAGCUGCAGCCAAACAAGGGGCGAAGAUUAUCGUCUUUCCUGAAGAUGGAAUCCAUGGCUUCAACUUCACCAGAAAGUCAAUUUUCCCUUACUUAGAAUUUGUUCCACAUCCCCACUCCAUGACAUGGAAUCCAUGCAGACAGCCACAUCUGUUCAAUGACACAGAGGUUCUUCAGCAACUGAGCUGCAUGGCAUUGAGAAAUAAAAUAUUCCUAGUGGCAAACAUAGGAGCUAAGCAACCCUGUGAGCACAGUGAUGUACGCUGCCCACCUGAUGGCAGAUACCAGUUUAAUACAGAUGUCGUGUUCGAUGACAGUGGUACGCUGGUAGCUAGAUACCGCAAACAAAACCUGUAUUUUGAGUAUUCUUAUGAUACCCCAUCAACAGUUGAUUAUUCGAUUUUUGAUACACCUUUUGCUGGCAAGUUUGGAAUAUUCACUUGUUUCGAUAUACUCUUCUAUGAGCCUGCAGUGAGACUUAUCAAGCAGUACAAUGUGAAGCAGGUUGUGUAUCCAACUGCAUGGAUGAACCAGCUCCCGCUCUUGUCUGCUGUGGAAUUUCAGCAAGCUUUUGCAACUGCUUUCAGCAUUAAUAUUUUGGCAGCUAAUAUCCACCACUCCACUUUGGGUAUGACAGGCAGUGGCAUAUACACUCCGUCAAAGUCUUUCAUUUAUCAUGACCUAAGAAGUCACAAUGGCAAGCUCAUAGUAGCAGAGAUCCCUGUGAUUACACCUGAUCGUGAAGCCAGUUGGGAGAGCAGUACAAAACAUGGGGAGACCACAGAUCUACCCAACAAAAAUUUUGCAAGUCUCCCUCUGAAUGAUCAAGUUUGUCAUAAAACGAAUCAAGAAGCUCAUUGCACGGUAGCAGGUAAAGCAAAUGAAGAACUCUUGCCAGUAUUUUAUUCAGAGAUGAUGUAUGAUAAUUUCACUUUUGUUCCUGUAAGGGGACAAGAAGGGAAGGUCCAGGUUUGUGCCAACUCCCUCUGCUGUUCCUUACGUUACCAGAGGCCUGUUUUAUCUGAUGAAGUGUAUGCACUGGGAGUCUUUGAUGAGCUUCACACAGUGCAUGGCACAUACUAUGUUCAGGCCUGUGCAUUAGUGAAGUGUGGUGGCCUCAGCUAUAGCACCUGUGGGCAGGAGGUCACAAAUGCAACUGCUCUGAUACAUUUCCAGCUAUGGGGAAACUUCAGUACUUCCUAUAUCUUUCCUCUACUGCUGACAUCUGAUGUUACAUUGGACUUUCCUGAUCACUUGGGUUGGAAAAACAACUACUAUUUCAUGAACAAAAAUGGAUUAUCCUCUGGCUUAGUGACAGCUGCUCUAUAUGGACGAUGGUAUGAGAAGGACUAGCACAGAUAUCUGAUCCAACCAGAAAUCAUCUAAUCAGAAUUUUCAGUUUUGACACCUACACUGAGUGGCCUUAAUUUCAGAGAUGCUAUACACCUGCAUCCCUCAAGACUUAAUUUAUUGACACUGAAGAUACAAUUCUAUUAUUAAGCAUCCACAUUAGAGAAUAUUGACUGAACGCCUUUAUCUUCAGAACAGGUCAUAAACCCAGGGUCUCUACCUUGCUAAAAUAUCACCUACUAAAAACAAAACCACCUUCUCCCUCAGAACAAGAGACCAUAUUUAAAUUUGACAAGAGAUUUUUUUAUUAUGAAAAUGAGGCCCUUCCCAUAAGGUAUACUUAAGACGUGAUUAACCAGUUAAUCACAUCUUUAGUCAUAAUAACCCAGCCACACACUAAAGCAUUUAAUGGUGGCAUAAAACAAGGAAUAAGUUGUAAAGUUAUACCACAAAAAAUGUCCAAUAACUUGGUGGCUGGUUCCUGUCAUGCCGUUAAUUGAACGUGUGGCCAACUUGCUCCUUGCCAGUGCACCAGCAAUAAGGCAUGAUGGGAUCUGAAGCUCAAUCCCACAGUCAUGCCUCUUGCCAUGUGUGUGUGGCAUGGCAGGAAGCCAAGUGCACAUCUAGUAAUAGAGCUCAUUUUGUUUUAAAUUCUAGAAAAGCAAUACAUUUAGGGAUUUUAAGUAUUUUGGAGUGCUUUCAGGGAGGAUUUUAAAAUCUGUUAUUGACAGGUUUCUAACAGGUGUGAUCCUUACAGUUCUGAAAGGAACAUCUGAAGUUCAUUAUCAUAUUAUGCAAAAAUAUACACACACAUUAAUACCAAGUACCACAUUCCAUACAAGCAUAUAAAUUCUAAAACUAGAUACAGCAGCGUAGCCAUCUUUGGCUAUCCAUGGAGACCACAUACCAUAUAGCAAAUGUAAACCUAGUUUAUCAUUAGCUAUAAACAGACUACCCACUGUAGCAGCAGACCCGAUUCAUGAAGCCAUCUAUGCACAAUAUUCAAUGAAUCCACAAAAUACUGUGGGUUCAUGACAAAGCUGAUCGGCACGGCAUCUUCUCUUCUCUGUCCUCCUAGUAAUAAAGUGUUGAUGCUGAGAAGCUGACAUGCUGAACUUUCAGUCUGCUUUCUAAGUGAAGAGCACCUUUGAACAAAGACCUUCACGUUUUCUUACACAAAGUCACGACUAUGAGAUUUGACGCAGUUUUACUGGGGCUAAAGUAAUAUUCAGCACAUAAAUGAGUACAUCUCAUUUUCAGCAAGUACCUGACUUGGUUAGUCAUAAACCAAGGAUCUUGAAACUGCUUUAGCAAAAGAUAAAGCUAUCUAGGCAGGCAGCCCCAAUACUUAAAACAGAAUAUUGUUGGCUAGGUAGCUUCUACUAAUUAACCUUAGGAAGUUACAGUAGCCAUCGCAGUAUUUGUAAGUUCUGCUUCUGCUCUACUAACUUACCUGUCUGGCUGUGACAACUAGGCACCAAAGAUAUGAACACAAUGGAUCUCUUGGCCUUGCAUGAAGCAGAGGGUUUGAAGUGAUCUUUCUGAAGUGAUUCUAACAUGGCAGCUGAGGCUGGAUGACAGAACCAAGAGAGAAAAAACAUGUUUAGAGUUUGGCUGACUUGGGAAAGAAGGAAUAAUAAUAAAUGGAAUGAUGCCAAAAUAAUAGUGUAAGUACCAAAAUAAACUGUAAGAUUUUUAAUAACUAUCAAUUCUCACUAUGUAAAAUAGCACUUAGUGAGACUCAGGAAAAGCAUAACAAAGGAUGAUGAGCCAACUGAGCUUGUUCUUUCAGCAGCCACAAGGAAUUGCAAGGUGCUGAUCCUUCCUUCAGACACUUUUAUGCCUUGAGUGGCUGAAGCGUGGACAGCAAGUCUGCGGCUGGUAACAAGCAUGACUAGUGAUUGGAACUCCGGUCCAUUUGGUAGCAUAGAAUUUGGGGCUUUAAGUUAUAUUGUAUCGAUAGUUUUAAAUGGCAGCAUGCCCUCAAACUUCACUCUGCCUUGAGUUUCAUACUGGAACUGAAUGGAUUCUAAGCUAAGUGGGAAUGAAAACUUACCUGAAAACUAAAAGCUUCCCGAAGCCUUUUCACACCUGUAUUUGAAUCCACACAGCAGUUUCUUUGGUACUUCCAUCUGAGCAUUAUUGAAGAAAAAUGGUGAGCUGAAGAGGUCUUCUCUUUUCUUGAGCACCUAAUGGCAUUGCAAUGAUUAUAAAUUUGAUUCAAAGAGCCCCAUUAAGGCUGUGUAUUAUUCAGGUUAUCAUUUUUACAAUUACGUGCUCAAAUGCUUCAAGGAUCUCUCUUACCACCUGAGUUUGAAAAAUACCGAGAGUAAGCAAAUGCAUAUUAUAAGCAACCUCCUUCACAGAAAAUGAAGCAUAAUGUACUGGGAGCCUGAACAAUGGCCCUGUUGCUGUAUUUUUGAAGUAAAACCUACAAACCUAGA